AUGGGAGCCAGCGCCUAUCUUGCCUCCGUGGAUGAUGCCACCUUGCAAAGCAUCACUGAAGAUGUUGAUAAGGCGGCGCAGCUGCUGAAGCUUGUAGCAGAGGGGAGGCGCAAACGCGAGCUUGGGCGGAGGCAGUUGAAGAUCAAUAGCCUCAGUGGCUCACAGUUCCAGCUCGAAAUCGAUGAAACUGCAACAGUUUUAGAUGUUUCCCAGGAGAUCGCAGGAAUCGUCGGUAUCGCGCCGGGAAGGAUGCUUGUUUUAACCUCCGGCGGUACUGUCCUUGACGAGUCUAAGCCUUUCCUGCAGCAGCUUCACGGAGAUGAGAUUACAUACAAGGAUCAGCAAGUGGGUGCGGGUCAAGCAGCAGUGAGUUUGCUGCGGUCUCUAGCAGGGUGGCCGCGACAUCGGUUGUGUGCAGCGGACACGGCCGCCGCCGAUGCUAUUUCCUCGCUGACCAUCGGCAACGAGUUUGGCGUGAGCUUGGAUGCAGCCAUGCUACCACAGAACCUGCAUACACUGACCUUCGGAGACUGCUUCAACGAAAGCCUGACGAACGUAGCCUUGCCAAGCAGUGUACGGACGUUGACCUUUGGUAACAGGUUUAAUCAGAGCCUGGCAGGUGUGACUUUGCCAGUCAACCUGCAGACGUUAAUCUUCGGUCACGAUUUCGAUCAAAGUUUGGAAGGUGGGCAUGUUGCGCAAAUUUACUGGUUGUUGUGGUAG